GUUUCCUGCACAGUAAACGCCAGAGUUUUACAUGACAAUUGGUUCAUUAUAUAGUCCAACAUUAAAGUUACUUGUGUAUAGCUCUUCACUAGCAAAAGAGUAACGGUAUGCACCUUGUCAUUGGCAUGUUUUUAGACAUGUACCAGGGUAAACUCAUGGGCUUUUAGACCUGGUACCAUGGUAUUAUGAAGUACAUUAGAAUAUCUUGAAAAUACGCCGCUGAUGCGCCAUUCAUUGAAUUCGGAAUGUUAAUUUCUGGACCUCAAUCGAAUUUAAAGUGAGAUAGCAAAAAGGAUACAGAAAUAAAAAGUGAAUUUAAUAAGUCUCAAGCCAUGAAAAGAUGUUCAGCACACACCUGUGCAGCCGUUGCUGUCAGGAGGGCUUUGAGUUCAGGUGCUGCCACUCCAUCUGUCUUCACCAGGUUCUUAUUAAAACUCAGUCACUACUUCUAUGAUGUGGAGAACAUUUUGGAUUGGAACGACUGGUUGCGGUCACAAGCGGUCAUACGCAAAAACAGGUUAUUUGGUUAUGCACAGAAGAAUUUUGGGAAGAAUGUUGCAGCAGCCUAUUAUAUUCUGACUCUCAGAGGGAGCUUCAGAUUUGCUGGCCAGUCCGAAUGGUUUCGUCCAGACUCUAGAGGAAGAUUCAGCUAUGACUUCAUGAGCACACCUGAUGCACAAAUUGAGGAAGUGGAUCUGAGUGGCACCCUAAUAAACCAUAAUGGACUUGAAAACCUUGUGAAGCAGAAUAAACUUCAGACUCUCUCUCUGCGAGGAUGUCCUGAAGUGGAUGACUGGUUCCUUGCACGUCUCCAUGUCUUUGGAGAAAGUCUGGUGGCGUUAGACCUGUCCCACUGCUCUCGUAUCACUGUGGGAGGCCUCGCUGCAUUACAGAACCUCAGAAAGCUAGAGCGGCUGGACAUUUCCGGACUUCCACGGCUGCAGAAUCCAGGCCUGGUACGGAUUCUACUGGAGGAAAUGCUGCCGCACUGCCAGGUCUCUGGAGCGGAAUACGAGCAGGGCCUGAUCCAGCCAGACAGCCAAGAGCAAACAGAGGACCAUCACCAAGCUUCCACACACACUGGACUUAGACAUCUAUAAACUAUGAAGCUGAUGACAGUGGAGAUUCUAUAUUAUUGUUCAUUGCAGUGCCCAAACAUGUUAUUCUAAUAAAGUGCUGUGCUCAUG